AUGGCUACAAGUCAAUCUCUCACAGCUGCCAGCACGGCCAACUCUAUCCAGAAGAAGUCUCAAGUGCUUGAGACCCUGCAAAUUGCCGGCAUUACCAGUAACCACGAUGAUAAAUUUGCCAUUAUAUCGGUGCCUCCAUUUAUUCGUGUCCUUAGCACCGGAUACUUCAGAGCUUCAUGCGGCCACGCGGGGGUCGUCCUCCUGCACUUCGGGGUGAAGGGGGGGACGGCAGCGAGGAAGACAUGGAAGGAUGGGCAGGGCAGCACUAUACAGCAACUGAAGUGUGCGGCGUGGACGUUCGUCCAGGUUGCCCAAUUUGGAAAGUUCCUAAUGGCUUUCAAGGCGACGGCAGUUGGCCGCGUCCACCGGCUGGGGCAGCGGAGCCGGCAGAAGGUGUGGUUGAUCUUUCAGGAGCACACCAUCUCUCGUUGGGUGGAGUGCAAUAACAUGUUGAAGGCACUCCCUGAAUUGGCAGCAUAG